AUGGUCAAUAGUGAUAGACAAGUGUACUGUAUAUGUAAAAAACCGGAUAAUGGGCAAUUGAUGGUUGGCUGUGAUGGAUGUGAUGAUUGGUUUCAUUUUAAAUGUUUGAAAAUAACACCCAACUAUAAAAAUUUAGUAUAUUCAUUUUAUUGUCCGGAUUGUGAAAAUAAAUUGAAUAAAAAAACUAUUUGGAAAAGAAAGUGUAGAUUGCCAAAUUGUUUCCAGCCUAUCGCUACUAAUGAUACCGAAAUUAAUGGUCAAAACAGCAAAUAUUGUUGUGAAGAGCAUGGAAUACAAUACAUUUCAUCGCUGAUAGAUAGACUAGAAAAUAGUGUAAAUGUUAAAGUAAAUGGCCGGAUCAUUGGUGAUAAUGAUUUAUUUGUUUUGAACAACAUCAAAGAUGUACAAGAAUCGACGUUGGAACGAUCUCAUGCUCAUAAAGAAACUGAAGUUGUCACGGAAAUCUCAGAAAAUGGUCAAAUUGAAGAAAGAAUAGCCAUAUGUAACUUGCAAGAUAACUUGGAUACUGCUGUAAAAAAUAAGAAAAAUUUGGAACGAUAUAUUGAAUGGAUUAAAACAGUCACACAAGAAUUAGAUAGAGAAGAGAAAGAACAGCAACAUAUAUCAGAAAGGGAAAGCUCUAGUGACAGUGUUACUGGUAAAAAAAACAAAACUUCCAACAAAAAAAGACGGGGUAAUAGUAAUAUAAAUAACAGUGAUAGUGGCAGAAAACUAAUAUGUGGUUAUGAUAGGAAUUUGACAUUUGAUAAAACAAAAAGUUGUCUAUUGAGAAAUUGUUCAAAGCACGACGAUUGGAUAGAUACUCUGAUGCAAAAUUAUGAAAAUCAAAUUGACAAGUUUCAAUCUGACAUCAAACAGUAUAAUUAUUUACGAGGAUUAGAAUCAUAA